GCACCGAACGAAUGUCGCUCGAUUUCUGGAACAACGGGUUCGGGCUAAUACGGUUCUUUCGACGGAUUACGGUUUCGGUUCCGGGUUCCGGUCGUUCGCGGUGGUGAAAUAGUAAAGGCCUAGGUGCGUUUCAUCCAACACCAAGGGCGAAAAGAGACCUACACUAUAGUAAGCAAAGAUAAAAAAAAAAACGGGAAAACAAAAAAAAACAAUCAUCGAACGAGUGCGGUGGAGUGCUGCACCAGUUUCAAGGCCUAAAGUGGGAGCUUCCGUGAAAAAUUUUGUGCCCCGAGGCCGUGUAUGAUUGUGAAGGUUAAGUGAUAGGUAUUGAGUGAAAAAAAUUGGAAAUAAUUGGUGAUCGACAAACAAAAAUUUAGUGUUCUCUUGCUACCGGAAAUAGAUUGUAUUCCAACGGAACAGUGCAUCUUCGGAAGUAUCCGUAUCUGGGCCUUCGCGGUCCCACCGCUACGACAUCAAACUGGAUAACUCAAUCGUUAAUCGAUACCUUAGCGCAGCUGAUGACGAGUUCGUCUGGGCGGUAGAUCAGGACAUUCGAGAGUUCGUCCAGAAAGCGAACCAAAAAAGCGUACUAGUUUUCCCACCGGUGAACAACUACCGACGGUUCCUGAUCCACAAGGUGAGCGAGAGCCUUGCCGGGGACCAUCAGCUGGUAACGUUUUCGAUCGGCGUCGGCGGCGAACGGCGCACCGUGGUCUGCUACCGUCAUCAGCUACUGCGAGACGUUAAGGCGACAUCGAGUAAAAGUUUCGAGGAAACGACCGAAAGUGCUCAUUUGAGCUGGCGAAGUACUACCGUUGGUCCAACGGUUGUCCCGACCCCUUCGACUACCAGCAUUGCCAGCGGCAGCGGUACAUCUCCAGCUGGCAACCAUCCAGUACAAAAUAACUGUUCUUCGGGUAGUGGUAGUGUGAGUGUUGCUUGCAGCAACAGUAGUAGUUUAAACUGUACAACAACAAGUGCGAGUGGUGGAAAGAAACGCUCGAAACGUGACUCGGCCGUCAAUGCCGGAACCAGUGACAGUGCUAUGGGGGUGGACACAGUUGCAUUUAGUCAAGGAAACAAUCAACAAACGAACCAUUUGUUUUCGGUCAACAGCGAGUAUGGAUCGCCGAAAGUUCCAUCGCUGGUGUCAACCACCGCCAAUAGUAAGCUAUCCUCAGUCGGAAUCUAUCGUCCUCCGGCCGUCCGGAAAGCUUUAAAACUCUCGGGGAGUGCAAUUCAACUUGCCCCGCCGGCUGCCUGUGAACACCCCAACGAUUACAGCCCUCUCUCUUCGCAAGAUCAUAAACAGUAUGUGACGGUUGCAUCAGCCGCGACAGCUCCAGCAAAGCCUUUUCCGCCAAUAACAAGCGAUAACGGUGCGUCCAGUGGAUCAAGUUUUCCCAGUGACGGACCCGGUACCGGAGCCGAUACCGGUAAAAAUAGCUACCACCCCACUAGGACUGAGGAAGACUGUGACUGUGCACAGUGUGGCGUCGGUGAAUCGCUCAAAUUGGUGAUAAGCGGUAAUAAUCCGACAACAGAUGCCUCUGAUGCAACGCGAUUGCAGAUAGCAGAUAGUAACAAUAACAAUAAUAAUAGUAAUACCGAGCCGCAACAGCAACACCAGCAAGUAGUUAACGCCGCGGCCACUAGUCAAGGGAAUCAGAGCGCGAGCAGCACUAGACCGACCCGUUCGCACCGGGAACGACGUCCAGAUCGUGCCGUCUACAUUCCACGGGCCCGCCGAAGUCAAACAACUCCGCCGGUAACGGCGUCGCCUCAGCAGCAGCUGCAAUCCAGUGCUUCCACGAUACACACUUUCUGUCCUACAGCAGAUGCCCUCUCACCACCGGCGUCAGCAGUAGCACCUUCUGGUUGCAUCUUUCCUGUGAGUUUCCCGCCAAAGGCUAGUAAGAAGGAGCGCAGCUCCCAUAGUUCUACCGAUAAGGACCAUAAAUCCAAAGCAAAAGAUAAACCGCCCCCAGUCGAUAGUAAUUCUGUGAUAGGGAGUCAUCCCUCGAAUGAUUGCCGGACUGAUAUUCGCAGCGAAUAUUCUAAUACGGUAAACUUAAGUAAGAAUCGUAGUCAUAGUGUAGAGAAAGGUAUAUCCACGACUGGAAUUAACCACGAGAUUGUCAAACUGAAAAAGCAAAAAUCCGAAGAAGCUCCUCGUGAAAACGCCUUUACUCAAGGCUGUGAUCUGGCACCAAAAUCCCAUACCAAGAAGGAGCCUAAAAAGGAACGUUCCACUAGCAGCAUUUUGCCUGAAGUAGUGAACGGGAGUACAAAUCCGAAAGCAGUAGACAAUAUGAAUAAAUCAAACAAGCAUCGCAGUGCCAAGCAGCAGUCGAGUACAACUGCGCCGUUGAUCAUCAAUGGCGCGGAAGCUUCGGUUACUGCAGAUAAGCUUGAUAGGGAUGAAAAGGAACUUAGAAGAGCUUCUCAGGAGAUUAACCGAAGCAAUAGAAGAAUUAUAAAGCAGACUUUUACCUCUGAUGUGCUGGAGAUUGCCGAACAGGAAUCGACCGAGAAAGUGUGCUCACCGGAGCAGGCCAACAUUCAAGGCAAAUCUGAGGCAGCAAGGCAAGUUAAUCCAGACGAGGAUGAUUGGGAGUCGAUUUAUGAUGAUAAUGGAGACUGUCUCAAUCCAAAACUUAUGGAAGAGCUGACGUCGGCGGUGGGGAAAGUUGCCAUCGAGGUUCCUAGGUCUGAUUAUAAGUUAUACCAAUCGAAACAAGCUGCCCUGAAUGAAGAAGAAUUCCCCCACGUGUUGGAAGUAUCCAAUUUUCCGGUGGAAUUCAAAACCCAGGAUCUCAUGAUGCUUUUUUCACAGUAUAAAGAAUCUGGUUUCGACAUUAAAUGGGUGGACGACACUCAUGCGCUGGCGGUGUUCAGUAGUUCCAAAAUCGCGGCCGAAGUCCUUGCAAAUGGUCACACGUUCGUUAAACUGAAACCUCUGGCGGAAGCGACGGUAGAAUCUCGAUCCAAGGCCCGGAAGUGUUCCAGCUCACUGCAACCGUAUCGACCACGCCCGGAAACGUGUGCUGCCUUGGCCCGUAGACUUGUGACAACUGCUUUGGGUGUCCGACUGAAAACUGCCCCCGAGGAGCGCGAGAAUGAACGGCGAGUUCUACGGGAAGCUAAGGAACGAAAACUUCUCGCUGCCAAACAACGGGAUGAAAUAUGGGAAAGCUAAAGUUGUGCGAGGAUACAAAGGCUGUAUAGCUAGUUCAUGACGGCUGCCAUAAAUGUGUGAACGUAUAUAAUUAUAGUCCACCGUGUGAAAGAGAGUGCUCUGCAUGGUGAGCUGGGUUGUGCUACCGCCGAUCAAAAUAUAUUUCCUAUCCAAUAUUAAGAGCAACUUUUCAAAUCUAAGGUUCUAAUAUUCAGACAGAGCAUUGGACUUCAACGGUCACUAUCUAAAUGCUCUACAAUUUGUAGGAUAAAAGUGAUCUUGAUGAAAAAAACUAACAAUAAGAUACUUCAAGUUUAUUGAGAAAUCAUACAUAUAUUUAUGAUCUAUUAUAAAUCAGAAAAGUAGUUGUACAAGCCAAUAAAUAAUAGUUUAUUUACAGGUUUUUAGUGUACACAACUCCCAAUAUGAAGGAGAGAAGGUUAUUUUACUACAAACAUAACUUAAAAAUUAUUGUUAAAAUGAAUGGGAUCACAAUCUCUUGCGAUUGACGAA